AUGGCGGGCAAACUAUUCCAAGUGAAAGAAGAGCUAGCAGACCGCAUUGCAGCUUUGCAGACUUGGAUCUACAAUGAAAAGUUUGUUACUGAGUCUCAAAGAGGUAAAAUGAAGAUGAAAUUCACAGUUGGAAUUUGGAAUGUGAGGUCACUGUGGCAAGCUGGAAGAUAUACGAUGCUGAAAAAAGAGCUUGGGAGGUGUGGAUAUGAUGUGAUAGGUUUGUGUGAAGAAAAGAUUCCUUAUUCCCUAGAAGACCUUAAAUGGUCAAGGGGUGACAAUAUCCAGGAAGUACCCAACAGUAGAGGGAUGUUGCGAAAAUCGGGCGUCAGACUUGGCACUUUAAAUCCUGGAUCGCUUACUGGACACUUCAUGGAGAUCGUCGACAUGCUGGAAAGGCGAAGGGUUGACAACUGUUAUCUGCAGGAAACAAGAUGGAAAUUAAAUAGUGUUUCAUUUAUUGAAUCACUGGCACAAAAUGUACUGGAGUUGGUUCGAAUCAGCUCACGCCUAAUGCUGAUUAUACUCAGAAUGGGAGAACAAGUUCGGAUUCUGUUCUCUGCAUAUGCACCACAGACCGGUUUCCCUCAUAGAACCACUAUCAACCAAGAGCGUCUACUAAAGGCAGGCGAUGUUUUUAAGGAUUGGCCGAUGGGUGUGGAAAGGUUCGACUGCAGUAAGCUGAACAAAAAUGGUCAACGUCUUCUCGUAUUCUCUCCAUGA